ACGAACUACAGUAACCAUAACCCUAUACUAAUCAUGUGAUCUCAUCAAGGCGACGUCACUUCCGUUCGUUGGUUUCCGGUUUGUACAGCCAGCUGGAGAGAAGAUGGCGGUGUCAGGGGAACCUGUCAGGCUGGAGAGAGAUAUCUCAAGGGCCAUUGAACUGCUGGAGAAGCUCCAGAGGAGUGGAGAAGUCCCCCCACACAAGCUCCAUGCAUUGCAGAGAGUCCUGCAGAGUGAUUUCUGUACUGCUGUGAGAGAGGUCUAUGAACAUGUUUAUGAAACCGUGGACAUCAACAGCAGCCCAGAAGUGCGAGCCAAUGCCACCGCUAAGGCUACAGUUGCUGCUUUUGCUGCCAGUGAAGGACAUUCUCACCCGAGGGUUGUUGAACUUCCUAAAACAGAAGAAGGACUUGGAUUCAACAUAAUGGGAGGAAAAGAGCAAAACUCCCCCAUCUAUAUUUCUCGUAUCAUCCCUGGUGGAAUAGCAGAUAGACAUGGCAGUCUGAAGCGCGGGGACCAGCUGCUCUCUGUUAAUGGAGUGAGUGUGGAAGGCGAGCAUCACGAGAAAGCAGUCGAGCUCCUGAAAGCUGCCCAAGGAAAGGUUAAGCUGGUGGUCCGGUACACCCCUCGUGUCCUGGAGGAAAUGGAGUCGCGCUUCGAAAAAAUGAGAUCGGCGAAACGCAGGCAGCAAAACUAAGGAGAAAGCACAAUAUGCACACAAGACACAAACUGUUCUGUAUCACUGUAGAAUAAAUGACGUUCCCCUGUGAACUGCCAAUACAGUGCACGUUCUAGGUUCAGUGCUGCAGCCGAGAAUCCAGAACCAUACAGAAGCUACAGGAAUGUUCACACGUUUACAGGGCAGUUUUUAAUUACCCGCGUUUUUUAAAAGGUAAACAACAUAUAAAAAAAAAAAAGCAUUUAUAAUAUGGGGAUGUAAGAAAAAACUGUGCUUUU